AUGGGCAAUCGUCAUAGCCAGUCUUACUCCCUCUCAGAAGGCAGUCAACAGUUGCCCAAAGGGGACACCCGACCCUCAGCAGCCACGCAGCCUCUCAGCCACCCAUCAGGGCAUGGACAGCCAGAGACCCAGCAGCCUGCCAAAGCCAAAAGUCCUCAAGGUUUUGAUGUGGAUCGAGAUGCCAAAAAGCUGAACAAAGCCUGCAAAGGAAAGGGAACUGAUGAAGCAACCAUCAUUGAAAUCUUAUCAAGCAGGACGUCAGAUGAGAGGCAACAAAUAAAGUGGAAGUACAAGACAGCAUAUGGCAAGGACCUGGAGGAGGUUCUCAAGAGUGAGCUGAGUGGAAACUUCGAGAAGACAGCCUUGGCCCUUCUGGACCGCCCCAGCGAGUACGACGCUCGGCAGCUACAGAAGGCCGUGAAAGGUCUGGGCACGAAUGAGGAGGUGCUCAUUGAGGUCCUGUGCACAAGAACCAAUAAGGAAAUCAUCGCCAUUAAAGAGGCCUACCAAAGGUUAUUUGGCGGGAACCUUGAAUCAGAUGUCAAAGAUGAUACAAGUGGAAACCUAAGGAAAAUUCUGGUGUCCCUGCUGCAGGCUAAUCGUGAUGAAGGAGGUGAUGUGGACAAAGAUCUAGCUGGCAAGGAUGCCAAAGAUCUGUAUGAUGCAGGGGAAGGCCGCUGGGGCACUGAGGAGCUUGCCUUCAAUGAAGUCCUGGCCAAGAGGAGCCACAAGCAGUUACAAGCCACCUUUCAAGCCUAUCAAAUUCUCAUCGGCAAAGACAUCGAAGAUGCCAUCAAAGCAGAAACGUCGGGAGAUCUGCAGAAGGCCUACUUAACUCUCGUGAGGUGUGCCCGGGACCACCAGGGGUAUUUUGCUGAGCGUCUGUACAAGGCCAUGAAGGGUGCGGGGACCGAUGAGGAGACGCUAAUUCACAUCAUUGUGACCAGGGCUGAGGUGGACCUUCAGGGGAUAAAAGCAAAGUUCCAAGAGAAGUACCAGAAGUCUCUCUGUGACAUGGUUCGCUCGGACACCUCUGGGGACUUCCGGAAACUGCUGGUGGCCCUCUUGCGCUGAGUGAAGCUAGAGCGGUAGGAGCAGAGAGAGGAAGCACCUUUGUCAAGACCCCCUUCCAAACCAGAUUUGCAAAUGCGACUCCAGCAUGAAAACCCCUCAACAGUCCUGGUUUAUCUUCUUGGCAGCUUGAGUAGUAUAGCCGGGCCAAGCUGUUUAACUUAAGGGCAGCAGCCUUGAGACGCUGGGGCAGGGCACUCUGGACGCUGGCUUGGCAAGUACCUGGGCUGCCUCUUAACUUUCCUUUGGCAUGGUAACUGAAUGCUUUCUAAGCACCAGUGAAAUCAGAAGUUGGUGAAAAAACUGUGCUUUUGUAAUAAAACAUU